AUAACAACAUAAUAGAUAACAAGCAGUAGCUUUUAUAACUGCACUGCGUAUCUUUUAUUUGUUCAUUGUUUUUAUUAUUACGUUUACAAACUAAAUUCUAAAAAAUGUUUGAUGGACAUCAUUUAUGUGAUAUUUCAGAAGUUGUUCUGAAACCAUUAGAAGAUUCAAUUUAUAUGAAACCUAUGAGUAUGCACUUCAAACAUAACGGUCUUAAUAGAAGAUGGGAUAUAUUAGAAGUUCAUGAUAGUGUUGCCAUAAUUAUUUACAAUACUACAAGACAAGUAGUUGUUCUGGUUAAACAAUUUCGACCAGCGGUAUAUUUUAAUUCAAUACCAAAAGAUCAACGGCAUGGGAAAAUUGACAUACAAAAGUAUUCACUUGAAAAGGGUCUAGCUAUAGAAUUGUGUGCUGGAAUCGUUGAUAAAGCUAUUAGUUUAGAGGAUAUUGCAAAAGAGGAGGUUUUGGAAGAAUGUGGUUAUGAAGCUAAGUCAGUAGAGCGCAUAUCAUCAUACCGAAGUAAUGUUGGAACAGCUGGAAGCACUCAAACAUUGUUUUACUGUGAAGUCACUGAUGAAAUGAAAGUUCAUGCAGGCGGUGGCAUAGGUGAUGAAAGUAUCGAAGUAGUUGAAAUGACUGUCCCAGAAGUUAAAGAAUAUGUUAAGAGAUGUGAUAUUGUAAGCCCACCUUCACUUCUUUAUGGACUGUAUUGGUUUUUAUAUAACAAAAUUAAAUAGGUAUUAGUAUAUUUUUAGGUAAUUCUUUACAUUAGUUGACAUUGGAAUUGAGAC